AUGUCAUCUACGCAAUUCUCGUAUUCAAGUGCGCGGUUACGCCGUGUCAAGUACCUUCAAUUUGGUGUCUUUAGUCCUGAGGAAAUCCGUGCCAUGUCCGUCACAAAACAGACGAAAGUCAAUGAUCGCAUUAUUCCUGAUGGAAUUUCACGUCCAGAAACUUAUUUGAAUGGACAUCCUGUCAUUGGCGGCAUUGGAGAUCCACGAAUGGGCACGUGUGACUUUCGUGCGCGCUGUAAAACUUGCGAUUGUACUUAUAGCGGCAGCGGUGGCAAAGUAAACGACUGUCCGGGUCACUUUGGCCACAUUGAACUUGCUCGACCCAUGUAUCAUAUGGGCUUUAUUAAAGAAGUACUGAAGAUUUUACGCUCUGUGUGUUUCCACUGCUCGAAAGUCCUAAGUGACGAGCGUGACCAUCGUUUUCGAUCGGCUAUGAAGAUUAAAAAUGGCAAACGUCGAUUAAAAGCCGUGUACGAGAUUUGCAGUAAUAAAAGUAUGUGCGAGUACGGUGAAGAGGCUGACAUGGAGAAAAUGCGAGAGGAUCUGAAUAUUGGGCUACAAGGCGGACUGGACGACAAGUCCAAACCCAAGGAGGGCGGUCAUGGAGGUUGCGGUGGUCUGCAGCCGAAAUACCGCAAACAAGGGAUUAAGUUACUGGUGGAGUUUCCCGAGCAGAUGGAAGACGUGCCUGGAUCGGGUGAUCGAAAGCAAAAUUUGCCGGCGGCAAAGGUGAUGUCUAUUUUCAAGAACAUCUCGGACGAAGAUUGUUUUUCUCUAGGACUGAAUCCACGUUGGGCUCGUCCAGACUGGCUCGUUAUGACACUAAUGCCCGUGCCGCCUCCUCACGUCCGCCCUUCCGUGGCUAUCGACGGCAUGGCACGUGGUGAAGAUGACCUUACGCACAAUUUGGCCUCGAUAGUGAAGGCGAACUUGGCGCUGCUGAAUUGCGUGCGUAAAGGUGAACCAUCGCAUAUCAUUGAGCAGUUCGAGCAACUGUUACAGUUUCAUUUAGCGACUUUCCUUAACAAUGAGCAGCCUGGUCUUCCACAAGCUCAGCAGCGGUCCGGAAAACCCCUAAAAACGUUGCGACAACGUCUGCGUGGCAAAGAGGGUCGCAUUCGCGGAAAUUUGAUGGGCAAGCGUGUGGAUUUUUCGGCGCGUACGGUGAUUACUGCCGACCCUAACAUUGCUAUCGAUCAAGUGGGUGUACCUCGAUCAAUUGCGAUGAACUUGACUGUGCCAGAACGUGUCACACCGUUUAAUAUGAACUACAUGCAUCAGCUGAUUGCGAAUGGCCCGCUGGAGCACCCAGGUGCAAAGUACAUUAUUCGUGAGGACGGCAACCGUAUUGACUUGCGCUACAUUAAAAACAAGUCGGAUCUUGCACUGAAAUGCGGAUGGAUUGUAGAGCGUCAUCUUCGUGACGACGAUUUGGUACUGUUCAACCGUCAGCCUUCUUUGCACAAAAUGUCCAUCAUGUCGCACCGCGUGAAGGUGUUCGACUGGUCGACGUUCCGUUUAAAUCUAUCUGUGACAUCUCCGUACAACGCCGACUUUGACGGUGACGAGAUGAACUUGCACGUGCCUCAGUCUAUGACUGCACGAGCUGAUGCACAAGAACUAAUGAUGGUGCACAAGGUGGUUAUCACGCCCCAGAGCAAUCGUCCCGUAAUGGGUAUUGUACAGGAUUCGUUGCUGGGUGCACAGAAGUUCACCAAGCGUGACAUCUUCAUAAAUAAGGACUGGGUUAUGAACAUGUUGAUGUGGGUGUCCAAUUGGGAUGGCAAGGUGCCAACUCCAGCCAUCUUAGUGCCAAAAAAGGGUGAAUUGGGCAAGUAUACUCCAAUCUGGACAGGCAAACAGCUUUUCUCCACAAUUAUUCCGGCGAUUAACUUCACUGGCUUUUCGUCUACACACAAGAGCAGUGAAAAGUUUUCAGAUCUGUCUCCUAUCGACUCUCGCGUGAUCAUUCAACAAGGCGAGGUACUAGCUGGAAUUAUUGAUAAGAAGAUUAUUGGUUCGUCGUCUGGCGGUUUGGUUCAUAUCACAAUGCUUGAGAAGGGCCCUGAAGAAACGAAACGCCUACUUGGUGCCAUACAACAACUCGUGAACAGCUGGUUGGUUGGUCGCAGUUUCACUGUCGGUGUGAGCGACACGAUUGCCGAUGUGUCUACUUUGAAGACCAUUGUCGACAUUAUUACGCAAGCGAAGGUGCAAGUGCAUGAUUUGGUGGUGCGUGGACAAAAGGGAAAGCUAGAGACUCAGCCUGGUCGAACAAUGGUUGAGUCUUUUGAAGGUCUGGUAAACAUUGUGUUGAACACUGCUCGUGAUCAGGCUGGUCGCGAGGCGCAGGGCAGUCUUGACGAGACAAACAACAUUAAGGCUACGGUGACGUCCGGUUCCAAGGGUUCAUUUAUUAACAUAUCACAAAUUAUUGCUUGUGUGGGCCAGCAGAAUGUCGAAGGAAAGCGUAUUCCAUAUGGUUUCAACCAUCGAACGCUGCCGCACUACGGCAAGGACGAUUUAGGUCCCGAGAGCCGGGGUUUCGUGGAAAAUUCGUACUUGAAGGGUUUAACGCCACAAGAGUUCUUUUUCCACGCUAUGGGUGGUCGUGAAGGUUUGAUUGAUACCGCUGUAAAGACUGCUGAGACUGGUUAUAUUCAGCGGCGACUUGUGAAAGCGAUGGAGUCGGUUAUGACAAGAUACGAUGGCACGGUCCGUAAUGCACAGGGCGAAAUUAUUCAGUUUCUGUACGGCGAAGACGGUAUGGAUGCCGUUUGGGUCGAGAAGCAACGAUUUGAGUCGCACAAACUGAAUAAGAUCCAGUUCGAAAAGAAAUACAUGUUUGAUCCAUCUGACGAAGACCUGGGGUGCGUGCCAAACUGCCCUGACCAGCUGUACCUCGAGCCUGUUAUCAUCAAGGAUAUCCGGUCGAACCAGCGCACACAGCAGCUUUUGCGAGAAGAGCUGGUACAGCUACAAAAGGACCGUGUUAAUCUCCGUGUCAUUUUAGCAAGUCGUGGUCAGGGACAGGAGUCGGAUAACGCUGCCCAGAUUCCUGUGAACAUUCGACGUCUGGUGGAAAAUGCGCAGCAGUUGUUCAGCAUUGACAUGCGGAAGCCGUCUAGCCUUCAUCCGUCCCGCAUUAUCGAAGGGGUGAAGGAGUUGUGCAAGAAGAUUAUUGUUGUACAGGGUGAGGACCGACUUAGUGUGGAGGCUCAGGAAAACGCAACGCUAUUUUUCCAGAUUCUGUUGCGGUCAUCGCUAGCGUCGAAGUGCGUUACGCUUGAGCACCGCCUGACGGAGACAGCGUUCGAGUGGCUCAUGGGUGAAAUUGAAUCUAAGUUCACGAGUGCGCUGGUGUCUGCCGGUGAAAUGGCAGGUGUUGUAGGUGCACAGUCCAUUGGAGAACCGGCAACGCAGAUGACACUGAACACGUUCCACUACGCCGGAGUGUCUGCUAAGAAUGUGACACUAGGUGUACCUCGCCUGAAAGAAAUCAUGAACAUCGCAAAGGAAGUACGGACGCCAUCAUUACGCAUUUUCUUGACACCAGAUUGUGCACACGACGCUGAUAAGGCAAAGUUUAUUCAGUCGCAACUCGAAUACACGACCUUGGCUGAUGUGACAGCAAACACUUCUAUCUACUACGACCCGGACCCAAUGAACACGGUGGUCGAAGAGGAUCAGGAGUUCGUGGCUUCGUAUUACGAAAUGCCUGAUGAAGACACUCCGAUUGCUCGUUCCCCAUGGCUCUUGCGUAUUGAGUUAAACCCGAAGAUGAUGGCCGACAAAAAGUUGACGAUGGGUGAAAUUGCGUCGCAAGUGGAAGCCGAGUACGGCCAAGAUCUUUCGUGUAUUUUUACUGAUGAUAACGCUGAUCGUUUGGUGCUGCGCAUUCGUAUUAUGAGUGACGAAGAGGAGAAGCUACAACGAUCAGGCGAGACUACAAUUGGACAAGAGGACGACACGUUCCUGAAACGUGUGGAACACAAUAUGCUCACGCAGAUGAAGUUGCGUGGUAUUGAGGGUGUGAGGAAGGUUUACAUUCGUGAAGGUCCGUCAACGCAUUGGUUCGACGAUGUUGGUUUCAAGAUGAUGAAUGAGUGGAUGCUAGAUACGGAUGGUACGAACCUUCUUGAUGUGAUGUGCUACCCCCAGGUCGAUUCGACUCGGACAAUUUCGAAUGACAUUGUAGAAAUCAUUCAGGUGCUAGGCAUUGAGGCCGUUCGCCGAGCACUUUUGAACGAAAUUCGGCAGGUAAUUUCUUUUGAUGGUGCGUAUGUGAAUUACCGACAUUUGGCUUGUCUAUGUGACGUCAUGACUUUCCGCGGUCACCUUAUGGCUAUUACUCGUCACGGAAUUAAUCGUGAUGAUUCUGGUCCGCUUGUCCGCUGCUCGUUUGAGGAGACUGUGGAGAUUCUUAUGGAUGCAGCAAUGUUCUCAGAGGGAGAUCCGUUGACUGGAGUAUCGGAAAACGUGAUGCUUGGACAGUUGGCUCCUCUUGGUACGGGUAUUAUGGAUUUGGUGCUUGAUGCGAAGAAGCUCGCGAAUGCGAUCGAGUACGAGGCAUCGGAGAUACAGCAGGUAAUGCAAGGUCUUGACAAUGAAUGGAGAAGCCCCGACCAGAAUGCAGGCACACCAAUGGCGACGCCGUUCGCAUCGACACCCGGUUUUUCGGCAUCGUCGCCAUUCAGUCCCGGUGGCGGGUCGUUCUCACCAGUAGCAGGUGCUUUCUCGCCCAUGGCAAGCCCGGCUUCUCCUGGCUUUAUGGCGGCCUCACCUGCGCACAGCCCCGCGUCCCCAUUAAACCCGACAUCGCCUGCGUAUAGCCCGAUGUCUCCAGCCUAUAGCCCGACGUCGCCUGCUUACAGUCCGACGUCUCCUGCUUAUAGCCCAACAUCCCCUGCCUACAGUCCAACUUCUCCUGCGUAUUCGCCUACGUCUCCAGCCUACAGCCCGACGUCUCCAGCGUAUUCCCCAACGUCGCCAGCUUACAGCCCAACGUCGCCAGCUUACAGCCCAACAUCACCAGCAUACUCACCGACAUCACCGGCGUAUAGCCCGACUUCGCCGGCGUACAGUCCGACGUCUCCAGCGUACAGCCCGACGUCUCCAGCGUACUCACCGACGUCUCCAGCGUACUCGCCGACGUCGCCUGCGUACAGCCCGACUUCGCCCGCGUACAGCCCGACUUCGCCUGCGUAUUCACCGACGUCUCCUGCUUACAGCCCGACUUCUCCUGCAUACAGUCCGACCAGUCCGGCAUACAGCCCCACUUCUCCGGCCUACACGCCCGCGUAUUCGCCUACGUCCCCGGCAUACAGCCCUACAUCACCGGCCUAUUCACCGACGUCGCCUGCUUAUUCGCCGACGUCACCCGCGUAUUCGCCGACGUCGCCCGCGUACUCACCGACUUCACCGGCGUACUCACCGACGUCUCCUGCUUACUCGCCGACAUCUCCGGCGUACAGCCCGACAUCGCCUAGCUACAGUCCAGCUUCUCCAGAAUACAACCCAUCGGAGAACUAUAAUCCGACUGCAAGCGGCUACAGCCCGACUGAUGCCGACGAGAGAAAGGAUGAAGUCGAUGCAAAGUGA